UCCCGGCUUCCCCCGCGCGCCUAUGCGGAGCUUCCCGGGCCUAGGCGGCGCCGGCAAGCAGCUGAGCGAAACCUCCGGCCUUCGUGGCCGGACUUUCCAAGCGCCAAUCCCGGGGACGCCAUGGAGCCCCGGGCGGUCGCGGAAGCUGUGGAGACCGGGGAGGAGGCCGUGAUCAUGGAAGCUUUACAGACGUACAACCGGGAGCAUUCCCACAGCUUCACUUUCGACGAUGCCCAACGGGAGGACCGGAAGAGACUGGCCGAGCUGCUGGUCUCGGUCCUGGAGCAGGGCUUACCACACUCCCACCGUGUCACCUGGCUUCAGAGUGUCCGAAUCCUGUCCCGGGACCGCAGCUGCCUGGAUCCCUUCACUAGCCACCAGAGCAUUCAGGCACUGGCCUGCUGUGCUUGCAUCUGCGCCUCCAAAGAGUCGGUCCCAGAACCCCCGGACAUGGAUGUUGUACUCGAGUCCCUUAAGUGCCUGUGUAACCUCGUGCUCAGCAGCCCCGUGGCCCAACUGCGGGCGGCAGAGGCCGGCCUCGUGGUGAAGCUGGCGGAGCGUGUGGGGCUGUACCGUGAGCGGAGCUUCCCCCAUGACGUCCAGUUCUUUGACUUGCGGCUCCUCUUCCUGCUGACAGCACUCCGCACUGAUGUGCGGCAGCAGCUGUUUCAGGAGCUGGAUGGAGUUCGCUUGCUGACUGAUACACUGGAGCUAACCCUGGGAGUGACUCCUGAAGAGGGUCCCCCCAAGUUACUUCCUCCCCAGGAGACUGAGCAAGCUAUGGAGAUCCUCAAAGUGCUCUUCAACAUCACCUUCGACUCUGUCAAGAGGGAGGUGGAUGAGGAAGAUGCUGCCCUUUACCGGUAUCUGGGCACCCUUCUUCGGCACUGCAUGAUGGUUGCUGCUGGAGACCGUACAGAAGAGCUCCAUGGCCACACAGUGAACCUUUUGGGGAACUUGCCCCUGAAGUGUCUGGACAUCCUCCUCAACCUGGAGCCACAUGAAGGCUCCCUGGAGUUCAUGGGAGUGAACAUGGAUGUGAUUCAUGUCCUCCUUGACUUCCUAGAGAAACGUUUGCACCAGACACACAGGCUGAAGGAGAGCGUGGCUCCCGUGCUGAGCGUGCUGACAGAGUGUGCCCGCAUGCACCGCCCAGCCAGGAAGUUCCUAAAGGCCCAGGUACUGCCCCCGCUACGUGAUGUGAAGACCCGGCCUGAGGUGGGAGAGUUACUUCGAAACAAGCUUGUCCGCCUCAUGACGCACCUGGACACAGAUGUGAAGAGGGUGGCUGCUGAGUUCCUGUUUGUGCUUUGCUCAGAGAGUGUGCCUCGGUUCAUCAAGUACACGGGUUAUGGGAAUGCUGCCGGCCUCCUGGCUGCCAGGGGCCUCAUGUCAGGGGUCCGGCCCGAGGGCCAGUACUCAGAGGAUGAGGACACGGACACAGAUGAGUACAAAGAAGCCAAGGCCAGCAUAAACCCAGUGACCGGGAGGGUGGAGGAAAAGCUGCCUAACCCUAUGGAGGGCAUGACGGAGGAGCAGAAGGAGCACGAGGCCAUGAAGCUGGUGAACAUGUUUGACAAGCUCUCCAGGGACAGAGUCAUCCAGCCCAUGGGGAUGAGUCCCCGGGGUCACCUGACAUCCCUGCAGGACGCCAUGUGUGAGACUAUGGAAGGGCAGCUCUCCUCGGACCCUGAUUCAGACCCCGACUGAGGAUAGCAGCUCUUCUGCUCCCCCUUUGGAACUGGUGCUGCUUCCAGAGAUUUCUUUGGGGCUACAAACCCAGGAAGUCACAUCCUGCUGGCCACAGAGCUCCAUGCCCCUUUCCUCAACCUGGAGACCUUUUCUCUUUAUUUCUAAGGUUCUGCUUAUGAUUUA